AUGAAAUUGCCCCUGGGAUCACGUCCAUGGCCUGUGAUAGGAAGUCUCCAUCUCUUGGGAAGCCUUCCUCAUCAGGCUCUCGCGGCGCAUGCAAAGAGAUAUGGAUCCAUUCUGUUCCUUCGCCUGGGAUCCGUACCCACCGCUGUUGUGUCUUCGCCUGCAAUGGCCAAAGAGUUCCUCAAAACCCAUGAUUUGGUCUUUGCAACAAGACCAAACUGCACAGUGGGGAAAUAUAUAUGCUACGAUCAUAAAGACGUGGCGUUUAGCCCCUAUGGAUCGUACUGGAGGCAGAUGAGAAAGGUGUGCAACUGCACGGUUGAGCUGCUCACAGUAAAGAGAACCGAAUCUUUCAGAUUUGUGAGAGAGGAAGAAGUGUGUGCCAUGAUCGGCUCCAUCUGGCAGGAAAGUGGGCACGGAGUGCAGUGUGUGGAUGUGAGGAAGAUGCUUUCCUCCCUAACACAAAAUGUUACUUGCAGAAUGUUUGCCAGCAGAACGUACUCAGACAAAGAAUUGAAUGGAGGGUAUGGCUUCAAAGAAAUGAUUGAGGAGAUGUUUACUGUGUUCGCUCUAUUUUGCAUUGGCGAUUUCAUUCCUUCUCUUGAUUGGCUCGACUUGCAAGGAUUCCGUCGUCGCAUGCAGGCCGUUCACAAAAUAUUCGACGGAUUUGCAGGCCGUUCACUAUUCUGCUUUUGA